AUGGAUAAUCGACCUAUGAAUAAAUUAAUUAGUAGGUCUAUAUUUAACAAAACAAAUGAAAGAUCCACAUUAUCUUUAUUUCAAUCGUUAAAUUAUUAUUAUAAAAGAGAUUUCACAUCUGAAAUUAAUAAAACCAAUAAUAAUUUCGACAAUUGUCAAAAUAACGAAGAAGGUUACAAUGUCAUUAAUAAUAAUAAAAAAAAUAAAAACAAUAGUAAUAAUAACAAUGUAGAAUAUAAUGAAAAUGAUAAUAGUAAUAAUAAUAAUAAUAAUAAUAAAAAUGAAAUUAAUAAUAAUGAAAUUGAUUUUGAUUGGUCAAUGAAAGCUAAAAAAAAAAUUAAAAAAAGUGUAUUAACUGGUGAAGAUAGAUUAGAUAAAAAAACAAAAGAUUUAAAAUAUUUAAAUUCAAUUGGUCUAUUAGUCAAAUUAAAAUCAACUACAAUAUCAAAUAAUGAAAUAUCAGAUAAUAGUAAUAAUAAUAAUUUAAAAGAUAAAGAAAAUGAUGAAAUUGAAACUAUAGCUCUUAUUGAUGAAGAUAAUGAAAUAUCAACAAUUAAAAAGAAAAAAAAAAUAAAGACUAAUAAAAAUAGUUAUGAUGAUGAUAAUAUUGACAAUGAAUCAAAUGAUUAUACAACUACUAUAAUACAAAAUGAAGAUCAUAAUACUUUUAGUUCAACAACUACUACUACUAGAGGUAGUAUAAAAAAUAAAAGAAAUAAAUCAUUAAAAAAAGAAGAAAUUCAAAAACAACAUGAAGAAAAUCAAGAUAAUAAUCAUGAUAAAAUAUCAAUUGAAUACGAUGAAAAUGAAUUAAAAAAAACAUACAAUUUAGAUGAAAAUGGUGAUAAUAUUGUUGAAAUGAGUCCCGCUUUUAAAAAUAAUAAUUUAUUAAUAAAGAAAUCUAAAAAUAAAAAAACUAAACAAUCAAAUAUUGACAUUGACAAUGACAAUGACAAUGUUGAUAACUAUAUUGACAAUGAUGAUGAUGAUGAAACCAUUGACAAACCUAAAAAAUCAAAAUCAAAAUCAACAACUAAAAGUAAGAAAAUAAAUGUAAAGAAACAAGAUGAUGAAAAUGAAGAAGAGGAGGAGGAUGAAGAUGAAGAAAAAGAAUUUAAAAGUAUUGAAAUUAGUAAAUUAAAAAAAAAGAAAAAAGAAAUUAAAGACGGAGAAUAUUUAAAUAUUAAAAAUGUAUAUAAAGAAUGGUUAGAAUCACCAAUUGUUAUUAAAUUAUCAAAUGAUGAUAGUUGUUUUACAAAUUCUAAAAUUAAAAUUAAUCCAAAAUCAUUUACAAUUAAAAGUGAUGAUGACGAUGAUGGUAAUGGUAAUGGUAAUGGUAAUGGUAAUGAUAAUGAUAAGAAUAAUUUAAAAUUAAAGAGAGAAUGGCAUGAAUUAGUUGAAACAUGUAAUAGAGAUAUAUUUGGUAAUAAAGAAUUUAGAAAUUUACAAAUUGAAGCUAUAAAUUCAAUUUUACAUGAUAGGGAUACAUUUGUAAGUUUACCAACUGGUGGCGGUAAGAGUUUGUGUUUUCAAAUUCCAUCAAUCGUUGAUCAUAGAGGUGUGACAUUUGUAAUAUCACCAUUGUUGGCAUUGAUGCAGGAUCAAGUGCACAAAUUGAAAUCAUUGGGUAUUCCCGCAGAGUCAAUCAAUAGUUCGGGUAGUCAGCGUGAGAAUAGGGAUGUUUUAGACCAAUUAUUAAAUGGUGAAACUUGUAAAUUGAAAUUAAUUUAUAUUACACCUGAAAGAUUGGCACAAUCUGAAUUCUUGCAUUUGUUAGACCAAUUGUACGACCAAGGUAGGUUGAGAAGAUUAGUGGUGGACGAAGCUCAUUGUAUCUCUGAAUGGGGCCACAGUUUCAGGCCAAAGUACAGACUAAUUUCCACAUUUCGUGAUCGAUUCCCCUCUGUACCGAUAUCGGCAUUCACUGCUAGUGCAACGCCAAAUGUUGAAAUUGAUAUUAAAAACUCACUAAAAAUGGUUAACCCAAUUACAAUCAAUUCAAGUUUUCUCCGACCAAAUUUACUAUACCAAGUUAGACAAAAGCAAUCUGAUGAAGAAUCAUUACUAAAGGAUAUUUACAAUUUCAUUAGUUUUAAAUACCCAAAUUCAACUGGUAUCAUCUAUUGUGCAACCGUUAGAGAAUGUGAAAUUGUUGCAGACUAUCUAAGUGAACGUGGUUUAUCAUCUAAUUUUUAUCAUGCUAAACUCAGUAAUACUCAACGUUCGAAAUUACAAAAAGAUUGGACCAAUGGUGAAUUUAAAAUAGUUUGUACAACAAUUGCAUUUGGUAUGGGUAUUGAUAAAGGUGAUACAAGAUUCGUCAUUCAUCAUUCAAUGCCUCAAUCAAUGGAAUCCUAUUAUCAACAAACUGGUAGAGCUGGUAGAGAUGGUAAACAUAGUGAUUGUUUAUUAUUUUAUAAUAAAUCUGAUUUAAUGAGAUUUAAACAUAUAAUAUCUCUUAAUCAACCAAAAGAUCCAUUCAAUGCUUUUAGUAAUUAUAAUGGUGUUGGUAUUGGUGAUAUUGGUGGUGAACAUUUAAUAUUAGAUAAUGAUGGUAAUUAUAUUAGCAAUUAUUCAUCAGAUGAAUCUCAAUAUAUGGAUACUAUUAAAAAUAAAAUUCAACAAACAUCCACAAAACUUGAAAUGUUGGACAGUGUUGCUUCAUUUUGCUCAACUCAAUCGAAAUGUCGUCGUGUAACUUUAUUAAAUUAUUUUGGUGAAAACUCAAAAUCUUGUGGAAAUAUGUGUGAUAUUUGUAUUUCAAAUUCAAAUUCAAAUUCAAAUAAUAGAUCAAAAGCAAAACAAAAUCAAAUCGAUUACUCUGAAAGAAUUUAUAAUAGAAAUUCUUAUUCAAUUUCAUCUUUUAAAAAUAAAAAAAAGAAAUCACAUGUAUCUUAUGAUAAUGAUAAUGAUGUUGAUUAA